GCUUCCUCAAAAGUACAGGAACGUUUUGAACUUAUCCGUUAUCUAGGUACUUCCAGUGAUACAAGUAAACAAGUCACAAUGUAUCAAUCAAUUUCUGAAAAGGCCGCCGAGGAACCUCUGCUCUCACCUCAAACACCUCCCCAGACCUCAGCAUCUACUCGGCGAAGGAAACCCCCCAAAGGGCUAAUCCUCCUCUGGAUCGCCCUCAACACCAUAAUACUAAGCAUCUACGCCCUCCCCAGAGCCCUCCACACCAGCAAGCUCUCUUCAUCUUCCCUCGAAAAACACGCUUGGAAAUCUCUCAAACACCACGUCGACCUCCUCUCCGUGCCCCCCAUCUCCCGAGAAGAGUUCCUCACCAGACAACGCACCCUCGCCGCGGCACUCACUUCAGCAGGCGUCGAUGCCCUCAUAGCUGAACCAUCGGCAACGUCAAGCUACUACGCCAAUGUAUCUUCCUCGUUUGAGCUCUCGGAACGUCCAUUCCUCAUUAUCAUCGACAAAGAUGGUCAAUUCUCUUAUCUCGCUCCUCGGUUCGAACUUAAUCGCGUAGCGUCCCUUUCUAUGGUUUAUUCCUCAAAAAAGGUGAUAGAAUGGCGAGAAGAAGAAUCUCCCUACGCAGUCCUGAAACGAGAGACAGGGUACGGAAAAGUGAUGCUGGAUGAGCACGUGCGGUUUAUGAUCGCGGCUGGGCUCCACGGGCAGGGGAUAGACGUCGUGCCCAUGAGCGAGGAGAUCCAGGCUUUGAGAGCGGUCAAGACGGAUGCUGAAGUGGUGAUUUUGAAGGCUAUUAAUCGGUUUACGCUGCAGCUCGUCAGGGCGUUGCAACGCAGUAUCAAGAUUGGGAUGACGCAGGAAGCUAUCUUUGAGGCAGCGGGGAAUCUGUUCACGAGGGCGGGAGUGGGGAAGGGAUAUUGGGCUAUUGUGUUGUUUGGGGAACAGGCGGCGAACCCGCAUGGUGGGUCGAAAGGGAAGGUUUUGAGGGAUGGGGAGUUUGUGUUGAUUGAUAUCGGGAGCAAGUUACAUGAUUACGGAAGUGAUGUUACGAGGACGAUUUUACCAAACGGGGCAAGUGUUAGUGAGGAGCUUUUGGGGGUUUGGAACACGGUGAAGGAUGCGCAAUCGGCGGCUUUUGAGCACAUGGUUGUUAAUGAGACGUGCUCGGUUGUUGAUGGGGUGUCGAGGAAGGUUAUUGUUGAUGCGGGGUAUGGGGAGUUUUUUACACAUCGAUUGGGGCAUGGACUGGGGUUGGAGAUGCAUGAGCACCCGUACUUGAAUGGGGCGAAUGGGGAGAAGUUGAAGGUGGGAGAGGUGGUUACUAAUGAGCCGGGUAUCUAUGUUACUACGGAUCAAGCGAAGAAGAUGGAUAAGAGUGUGGGGUUCGGGGUGAGACUUGAGGAUCCUAUUCUUGUUACGGAGACUGGAGGUGUGCCGAUGACUGGUUCAAGGGCGAAGUCUCCUUAUGAACCUUAGGUGCGAGAUAGAAGAAGCGCAAUUGUACAUACACGUCCUUGCUAUAUCUGUAUAAGAGUUCUUUGGCUUGCCACUUCAGGGUCAAUAUGUCAUCAAGCUGAAUGGAGGGUUUUCAUCCAACAGUGCACGUGAAGAUUUUUGGGGUUUCGCCGUGCAAG